GGUACAAUUUGAGAGAAAGAGAUCUUCCAUCUUCUGGUUCACUCCCCAGAUGGGUGCAAUGUAUGGAGCUGUGCUGUUUUGAAGCCAGGAGCCUCCUCUGGGUCUCCCAUGUGGUUGCUGGGGCCCAAGCACUUGGGCUGUUUUCCGUUGCUUUCCCAGGUGCAUUAGCAGCGAGCUGGAUCUGAAGUAGAGCAGUUGGGAAACAAACUGGCACCCGUAUGUUAUGCCCGCACUGCAGGCAGUGGCUUAACCCACUAUGCUACAGCGCUGGCCCCUGGAUUUAUUUCUUGGGAAUCCUUAUAAAAACUCCAAUUAGGCUAAAAGUUCAUAAAUCCCCUCCAUUUCUGCUUGUUGUUUUAAGGCAAAUUAUGCUUUGCAAACGUGAAAGAUUAUGAAAUUAGAGGGGAAUGUUUUGCUAUGCGUGUAGCUUGCUGUCCUGAUGAGGAAAGAAUUUUUGAAAGCCAGAGAAUGCUCCAGUUGAGGACCACACAUAAUCUUGAUCAUUCUGUGUUAGUGAGGCUGUACUCUGACCUUGUAAGGGGACUGUCCAACCAUUUACAACCAGCCUGCCAUCCUCUUGCACAGUGUCCUAUGCGAGGUAGAGUUGGCUGUUGGCUGAAGUGGGAGCCUCAGCCUAAAGCAUCCUCCCAUUCUUUAGUUUCUGGCCUUCAGUCUGACCUCUGUGUUUAGUUUCCUGUGGUGACUUGUCAUGUUUUCACACUACAUUAACGUGGGUAGUUGUUGAAAUGACCGAGUUUCAACAGGGGUGUCGUUUAACAUACCUUGGAGCGUCCAUAUCUGGAUUAUUUUCUCAGCCAUCCAAUCAGAGCCCUCUUUCUCCUCUGCAUGGUUUAAGUAACCCAUUUGGAGCAUUGAGUAGAGCAAACACUGUGCCACAAAGGGAUUUGUUGGUACAAGGGACUAAGGAUGUGACUUACAUAACCUCUCAUGGAACCUUGCCAAAGCCAUAAAAGGAAGCUGAACACAGGGCCUUCUCCUUAAUGCUAACCCUGAACACCAGGCAGGCCUGUGUCCUCAAUGAGAGCUGGGACAGUGUACCAGGCAUUUGCUCAGGGCCUUGCUGCAGCCCUCCCAGUGGCCUUAGGACCUGUGUCUCCUACCUCCGAGCUGGAAGCUAAAACAACAUCAAGUUCAGCUCCCACACCCACAGUGCUGCUUUGUUGCUCUGUGUGGAUAGCAACCCACCCUCACCCAUGGUUAUAUGUGUAGUAGCUUCAUACCUAACUAGAAGAGUGUUUUAUUUGUAUCUAAAUUAGAUCAUAGGUAGUGGAAAUUUUUUUUUAUCUUUAAAAGCAUUAAACAUUUUUCAAAGGUACCGAGAGGUGGUCAACUUGUAAAUGCUCACCACACAGAUGCAGCAGUUUAUCAGGGCUUUGACACAUUUCUUUACCCUGUCCCUCUAUUUGUUUUCUGGCAAAAAUAUGCAUGACAAAUACCAGAUACCAUAUCAUUUCAGCCCUAACGUACAUCAGUCUGACUCUGAAACAGGGGUGGGGGACGUCCGGCCCAUGAGCCAUAUAAGGCCCACAAAAUCAUUUGGCCUGGCCGUGCCAAUGCACCCGCAGGCAGGACAAGAAACUCAAUAAAUCUAUGGUAGGCUCAUUUUUAAGUUGAGAAUUUUAUAUGGCCCAUGAAUGAUGUCAUAAAUAUCCAAAUGGCCCUUAGCAGAAAAAAAAGAUUCCCUACCUCUGCAAACGUAGAUGUUUUAUAAAUGCAGUGCCACCAUUUUACCUAACAUAAUUAAUCUGGGGACCAAAAUUUUGAUGUGUAGCUUUUACAUAGCUCCUGCCACUGGGUGACCUUGGAACACAAGAAGCAACGUGACCGAUUCUACUGCUUGAAAGAGGGGUCCUUACUCUCUGAACAGUUGUUUGGAGGAUGGGGGUGGAUGAACAUUUUGCACUUCUGGUUAUGCAAAUUCUAAUCUCAGGUGUUGAGCCGUGCCAUUUGCUUCCUGGGCGUCUCAUGCUAUCAUUAAUGAUUGUUAUCCAUAACUUCAGGAAUUUUUUUUAAAAAAACUAUUUUAAUUGGCAAAAGCGUGUGUCAGCUGUCAGGCUUCCAGUUUCCACUUUUGAGAAGGAGGAUGUUGAAUGUGAGUAAUGACACAACAGGCCUAUAAAAUGCGGACUAACCCUCAGAUGACUCAUCCAGUACAAUGCAGUGUAUUUGUCAAGGAGACUGAAUCAUAUAUGGGGGAAACCACUUCUCAGGCAGCCAGCUGGUUCUCAGGUCAGCAGGAGACGGUCCGUUUUUAUCGGAAGCUUUAUAGUAGCAAUAAUGCUAAUACCCAGCACUUGGGCUCCACGAUGUAGAGGAAAUGGCAUCGCCAGGCAGUGACAGCUAUAUUGUGCGUGUCAAGGCUGUGGUUAUGACCAGAGAUGACUCCAGCGGGGGAUGGUUCCCACAGGAAGGAGGCGGGAUCAGUCGCGUCGGGGUGUGUAAGGUCAUGCACCCCGAAGGCAGUGGACGAAGCGGCUUUCUCAUCCAUGGUGAACGACAGAAAGACAAACUGGUGGUACUGGAAUGCUACGUAAGAAAGGACUUGGUCUACACCAAAGCCAACCCAACGUUUCAUCAUUGGAAAGUCGAUAACAGGAAGUUUGGACUUACUUUCCAGAGCCCUGCCGAUGCUCGCGCCUUUGACAGGGGAGUGAGGAAAGCAAUCGAAGACCUUAUAGAAGGCUCCACGACUUCAUCUUCUACCAUCCAUAAUGAAGCUGAGCUUGGUGACGAUGAUGUCUUUACAACAGCUACAGACAGUUCUUCUAAUUCCUCCCAGAAGAGGGAACAACCUACUCGGACAAUCUCCUCUCCCACAUCCUGUGAGCACCAGAGGAUUUACACCCUGGGCCACCUCCAUGACUCGUACCCCACGGACCACUAUCACCUCGACCAGCCGAUGCCGAGGCCCUACCGCCAGGUGAGCUUCCCGGACGACGACGAGGAGAUCGUGCGCAUCAACCCCCGGGAGAAGAUCUGGAUGACCGGCUACGAGGACUACCGGCACGCGCCGGUCAGGGCCAAGUACCCGGACCCCUCGGAGGACGUGGACUCGUACGUGCGCUUCGCCAAGGGCGAGGUCCCCAAGCACGACUACAACUACCCCUACGUGGACUCCUCAGACUUCGGCCUCGGCGAGGACCCCAAAGGCCGCGGGGGCGGCGUGAUCAAGACACAGCCGUCGCGGGGCAAGUCCCGGUGGCGGAAGGAGGACGGCGAGCGCUCCCGGUGCGUGUACUGCAGGGACAUGUUCAACCACGAGGAGAACCGGCGGGGCCACUGCCAGGACGCUCCCGACUCGGUGAGAACUUGCAUCCGCCGGGUGAGCUGUAUGUGGUGUGCGGACAGCAUGCUGUAUCACUGUAUGUCGGACCCCGAGGGGGACUACACAGACCCCUGCUCGUGCGACACUAGCGACGAGAAGUUUUGCCUCCGGUGGAUGGCUCUUAUUGCCUUGUCUUUCCUGGCCCCCUGUAUGUGCUGUUACCUGCCCCUUCGGGCCUGCUACCACUGCGGAGUGCUGUGCAGGUGCUGUGGGGGCAAGCACAAAGCGGCCGCCUGACUCGGCGUCUCUCCCGCGCUCCUCUCCUCCUGCCCCGGGACCCUGAGGCACCAUUCCAGCCCCGGGAACCUGCCCGGGGGGCUCUCAGCUCCCUCCGCCACCGCCCUGCGGCAGCCGCACACACCCACUCACACACAGUGUUCUGAGGAAAGGAACUUGGGCCUGGACUCUGGUGUAUUAUUAACAACCUGUAAUCAAGCUGUUUUAUCCACGCGGCCAUUUCCUGUCUGUCCUCCCCACCUCUUCCAGUUCAAGGGCGUCUGCAGUGGGAACUGCUGCGGAUUUGGGGCUGGGUUUUCCCAGACCCGGUCUUUCUCUCGGUCCGGCAGCAGGUUCCUGCGGAACCCUGAUCCCCGAAUGAUGCGACCCUACCGGAAGUAUUUUAACCUGCAGUCAGUUAUUAUGUAUAGGAGGUGAGCUAGUUAACAAACUUGUACCAUAAAAUAUCGCUUUAACUCUUCUAAAGCCAAAUUUCCCAUGAAAGCUGCAGUUUCUCUUAAGUCCAUCAUCAUUUUCUGUCCCUGCCUCCCCCCACCCCUCCUCGUGCAAAAAUAAUAAUAAUAACCUGUCGAAAUUGUUCACUGAUGCAAAACAUUCACCAUAAAAUGAGAAUUGAGCCUUAACUUCAGAUUAACUCGUGAGAAUCAGGAAAACUCCUUCAGCUGCGUCACACCCUCAGACCAGGGCUAGAAAGGGGAUAUUUCAGGUUUCUUUGAGCCUCCCUGGUUAUCCUAAAAAUUGACUUUUUUUAACAGUUGUGUUGCCACCACUUGCUAAAAAAAAUUAGCAAUAUUAGAAUAAGAGUAAAAAUUAGAGUAAGAAAUCUUGCUCAUGGUUUUGCGAGCCAGAUAGUCUAUUCAAACACAAACCAGUGCUGUAGGAGCAAGUGGCACUACACUACGGUUGUGGGGGAUAAAGCUAUAGGAGUUUCUUUCCCUCCCCCUGGUGGCUAUUUAUAGUAACAGGGUGGGGGGUUUUAAAUAUCAUCACUUCCAAGAGUGGUGGGGUCGCAUUUUUGCCUGUGGGUUUAUGUUUUCAUUUUCAUUUUGGACUCAACUUCAUGUCACCAAAUUCUUCAUUUAUACUUGGGAAAAAACAAGGCCAUAUGUAAAAACCCUUCCAAUGCCUAAGUGUCUUUCUCCUGCAACUCCAAACCCAGACUUGCCACUUUGCGUGCACAGGUGGUUAGGCCAGCCGGCCAGUUCCACCUGUCACCUUGCCACGUAGGAGGCUUCUUACUUAGCUGGAACAGAGUAUUUUUCUAAUAUAUUGGGAGGAAAAGCCAAAUCUUCUUAUUGAAGAAAAAGGAAAAGUGAAGAGUGGUUACCUGUACCUAGCAUAGUACAAUCAGAACCUCGUGGAGACCACGGGGGACAGACAGCAGGCCUGUCGACACUGGCUGUUCUUCCUGCCACAGUCCUUCUGUGGGAAUCGCCAGCCACUGGCAGGACCCUGUCCUCCUCGCCUCCUUUCCCCUGUCCUUUCUCUCUUGCACACAGGACAUAGUCUUCAAGGAAAGUGCUAGCCAUGCUGAACCUCCCCGGCAGGGCGUUCAGCCCGCCUGGGAGCCCUACCCGUUUCUUCUGCGUACACACCCAGUGUGCUUCUGAGUUGGUUGGCAGCUCUUGCCAUUUGUUGGAGUGACCAGUGGGACCCGGUUCACCGUCCAUGUGGAUCGAUGGAAAGAGAGCUAACGGCUUCCCUGCCUGGAGAACAGCGAGACACCCUCCAGCCUCCCGCUCCGACGACGCUGUCGAGACGGCACCUUCUUCCCGCCUGAGGUCUCCCUCAGGGUCUCUCUCUAAGGUCUCCUCUCUACAAAGCACAACACUAAUGUAUGUGUCCUUAGACUUCCGUUCAAGCGCCCCUAUUUAUUUCAACAGGAACACACGUUUCAGAGCCACCUUUUGUUUGUCACCUCUGUCGUCCUGCCCACCCUCCUUUGCCCCUCGACCCUUCCUACCUGCGAGUCUUACUCCGCAAAUCCUUUUUGGUUUGUGAAGGCAGCGGUUAAGGGCACAAAGACGGCCAUGGGGACAUUUAUGUAAAUACGUCUCUCCCAGCACCACCCUGCAGCUGAACAACGUGUAGUGCUUUCCCAAGUCAGCUUUGCCAUCAUGACGUCAGUCAUUUGAGAAAAGUACUCAGAUUUUAUUUUUGUAUCGGUGGUAACAAAACAUUAACCAAAAGGUUUUCUGUUGGGAAGCUUCCCUGACCGUCUCCCCUCCCCCACCCAAGCUGUUUGCUCACAUUAACAGAUUAAAAGUGCCUGAGACAUGAUCCAUUCUUUCCCUGUAUAUUAAAACCCCGUUGUAUUGAUUUUUUAUAAUAAGCCUUUUUACCUCUGUGUAAAAAAAUAUAUAUACAAGUGUAUGAUGUACAUUUUAGUUCUUAACUUUUUUUUAUGGUUUCUAAUAUGUAUGACCAAUGUAGCCAUUGCUUUAAAAUGUACCAUGUAAAUAUAAACACAUCCUAUCAGA